AUGAGUACAGGUUUAAACUUGUCCUCAUUGAAGGAUAAAAUAUUUAAUAAAUUAAGUUUACAGAAAGACAAUCAGAACAAAACAAAACAGAAACCAAAGAAAACAGACUCAAAUGACAAAGAGAUAAAAAACGAUAAAAAGAAACAAACUAUACCAGCAAAAACGAAUGUCCAAAAAUCGAAAGAUAUUGAUGAAAUAUUACGUCGUGAAGCAUUAGCAUUAGGUGCAACUGACGAGGACUUGAAACUAGUGGAAGGAAUUGAAAGUGACGAUGAUAAAAGCGAACAGGAAUUUGACGAUGACUCGCAAUUGGACAAAACUUUUAGUGCUGAUUUGAGUAAGUUCAUGAAAGGAAUAGGUUUAGGGGAAGGGGAAGCUAUGGUAGUAAGUGAAGAUGAGGAAGAAGAGGUUCCCGAGUUAGUUGAAGAGGAGGAGGAGGAGGAGGAAGAAGAAGAAGAAGAAGAAGAAGAAGAAGAAGAAGAACAAGAGGUUGUGGUUGAAGAGACAAAAAUUGACAAUAAAAAAUCUAAACAGGAGCCCGAUAAGGUGACAGACCUUUCAUCAGUGUCAAGUUCCAAAUUGAUAGUUCCUAAUAGAACAGAUUGGUUCAAUAUUGUAGAAGUGCCAACUGAAACCCCAGAGAAAUUGGAUAGAUUUGCUAGAGAAAGAUUAUUAGAAAGGGCACAAAAGACCAUUGAAAAAGAUAAUAAAACUUAUUUGGAAGAAUUUGCUUCAAACACUUCACAAAAAAAGUUCUUGUCUCAAAUCUUGUCAGAUGGUACUUUGAAUGAUAAAAUUUCAGCAUUGACAUUAUUGAUUCAAGAAGCACCUUUACAUAACUUGAAAGCGUUAGAUACCUUGUUAGCAUAUUGUGACAAAAAGUCAAGAACUGCUGCUUUGCAAUCUAUUGUAGCGUUAAAGGAUUUGCUCAUCAACAGCUUAUUACCUGAUCGCAAGCUAUUUGCCUUCGACAAGCAGCCGUUAAGAAAAGAUGAUAGUGACAUUCAGUUAGCCAUUUACUAUUUCGAAGAUCACUUGAAAAAAGUAUAUUUCAAAUUAAUCCAGAUAUUGGAAAAAUUGUCUCACGAUCCUAUAGUUCAUGUGAGAAUGACAGUUGUUAACCAUAUUUUUGAUUUAUUAGGUGCUAAGCCAGAACAAGAAGUUAACUUGUUAAAAUUGGGUGUCAAUAAAUUAGGUGAUAUUGACAAUAAAGUUUCUGCCAAGGCUUCGUACUUGAUUUUACAAUUAGAACAAGCACACCCAGCUAUGAAACAAAUCAUUACUGAUGCUGUUAUUGAUGUUAUUUUCCAAAGCAAUAAUGACGAUCACGCCAAGUACUAUGGUAUCACAACCUUAAAUCAAACCAUUUUGACCAGGAAAGAACACGAGUUAGCUAAUUCUUUAGUAAAGACCUAUUUUGCCUUGUUUGAAAAGGUUUUGGUUGAAAGCGAUGGAUACAAUAAAGACACCAAAGAAGAUAAAUCUAUUGGCGACUCCAAAAAGGGUAGAAAGAAUAACCGUAAAAACUUUAAGAAAGGUAAAAAGGGAGGUAAAUCAGUCAAAGUUGAAGAGAAGACUGAACAAGAGCUUGUUGAGGAAAAGAAUGCUAAAUUUUUUUCCGCAUUACUUACUGGGUUAAACCGUGCAUUCCCUUUUUCCAAAUUGCCUAAUGAAAUCUUUCAGAACCAUUUGAACACUUUGUUUAAAAUCACACACAGUAGCAACUUCAACACUUCUAUUCAAGCUUUGGUCUUGAUUAAUCAUAUAGUGACCGAACAGAAAUUGAAUUCCGAUAGAUACUACAGGACAUUGUACGAAUCAUUGUUGGAUCCUCGAUUGGCUAAUUCAUCCAAACAAGGAAUUUAUUUGAAUUUAUUAUUUAAAUCGUUGAAAAACGACGUUGGUAAUAUACCUAGAGUAUUGGCAUUUGUGAAGAGAAUGCUACAAAUAUGUUCUCAUUGGUUGAAUGUUGGCGCUAUUGCAGGUAUGUUAUAUUUGAUGAUGCAGCUAUCGAACACAAUCCCUGAAGUUUCUGAUUUAUUAGUAGAGUUUGCUUCCAGACCCGAAGAACCAACCGAGAAGGAUGCACCAGAAGCCGAGAAGUCCAAAGAUGAAAACAAAGACAUUGAAUAUGACCCAAGAAAACGUGAUCCUAAAUUUGCCAAUGCCAAUAGAUCUUCUUUAUGGGAAAUCCACCAAUUCUUGAAUCAUUAUCACCCAACAAUUGCCAUCUAUGCAUCCUCGUUCUUGGACGGAACAGAGCAAGUUAAACCAGAUUUGGGUUUAUAUACUCUAUCCCAUUUCUUAGAUCGUUUUGUAUAUAAAAACGCUAAGCAAAAACCUCAAACAAAAGGUUCAUCGAUUAUGCAACCUUUGGGUGGUGCUCAUACAGGAUCCUUGUUGGUCCGAUCUACUAAUCUUGUUGAUACCACAGUUCCUGUAAAUACUGAAAACUGGCUUAGUAAGAAGAUUGAGGAUAUCAAACCAGAUGAAAAGUUUUUCCACCAAUACUUUAGUACCAAAGUUAACAAAUUAAAGACCAAGAAAGAUGAUAAGAGAACAAAAGAAGCAAGAGAAGGUGAUAAUGAGGACGAGGACGAUAAUGACAUGGAUGAUGAUGAAGUUUGGAAGGCUUUGGUUAAAUCUCGUCCAGAGGUGGAGGACGCUUCCGAAGACGAUUUUUCAGAUUUCGAUGAAAACGAUUUUGCUGACAUGGAUAGUGAAGAAGAUGGUGAUGAAAAUGAAAAGGAAGUAAACAAAGAAGAAGAAGAAGAAGAUAUUGAAGGUGAAUUUAGUGAUGCUGAACUUGAAGCAGAACUUGAAGAUGGAGAUGAUGACGACGAGUUAGAUCAAGAUGACUUUGAUGAUGAGGAGAAGGCUAUGUUUGCAAUUAACGAUGAAGAUGAAUUUGAGGAUGACGAAAUAGAGUUGAAGAUGUUGGGAGAUGAUGACGAUGAAGAAGAAGAAGAGUCUGAAGAGGAAGAACAACAACAAAAGAGAAAACGUAGUAGAGAAAGCGAUUCACACUCAAAGAAAAAGUCAAAGAAACAAAGGGUCAAAGAUUUACCAAUAUUUGCUUCUGCAGAAGAUUAUGCAGAAUACUUGGACUCUGACAACGAAUAA